AGGGCGGCAGUGGGCCAGGAGCGGUAGGAGUAGCAGCAGGAGGAAUAGGCAGCCCGGGAAGAGGCGGUGGCACUGUCGGGCUUUGAACCCGCGCUCCGCGCAAGAUGGCGGUGCGGGGUUAGAGCGCGCUCGGAGCGGAGCCCGGGCACAGGCGGCACUAUCCUGACUGAAAGAGCUGGCAAAAAAGUACAGACUCAACGUGAAGAGACGUAUUGUGCUGUCCCUAGAUUCAGCCGUCACAUUUGUGACCUUGCUGGUUUGAUCAACACAUCUACAGCUGAAAACAAUCCAGGUUGUUCUUAGAAACGCGAUCAUAUGAUGGCUUGAUUCCCAGGGAGCAUUUGAAUGACAGACUGCCCAAAAAUGUCAAGUUCAGGUUAUCCCCAAGGUCAAGGCCCAUUUGGUGCAGAACCAAACCGAUACCCAACUCAUGCAAUUCCAUAUAGCUUCUCCAGCAGCAGGCACCAGCAGGAAUUUGCAGUUCCAGAUUAUCGCCUUCAGGAUUCACAGCUCUUACAGCAGCAGCAUCAGCAGCUGCGUAGACGCCCGUCGCUGCUUUCGGAGUUCCAUCCAGCCUCUGACAGGCCUCAAGAAAGGAGGAGUGGCUAUGAGCAGUCGUACCAUAGCGUGGCUGGACAGCCUGAUCACGAAUCAUUGGAAUCCAAACGCCCACGGCUUGAACAGGUACCUGAUCCCCACUUUCAGCGUGCUACAGUACUGCCCUUAGCUCACCCAGUACCAGAGGGGCUUCGAGCACCCACAGAGGUGAAAAAGGAGUCUUUUUCAAUGAAGGCUGAUGUUCCAUCAUCACCAACGACCAAUCAGCAGGUUGGAGAUGAACAAGAUUCAUCUCCUUCCAAACUAUCCAAAGAGGAACUCAUCCAGAGUAUGGACCGUGUAGACCGAGAAAUAGCCAAAGUGGAACAGCAAAUCCUCAAACUGAAGAAAAAACAGCAACAGCUUGAAGAGGAAGCUGCCAAACCUCCAGAGCCUGAGAAACCAGUCUCCCCUCCUCCAGUGGAACCAAAACAUCGCAGUAUCGUCCAGAUUAUCUAUGAUGAAAACAGGAAAAAAGCAGAAGAAGCUCACAAAAUACUUGAAGGUCUGGGUCCAAGAGUAGAAUUGCCACUUUACAACCAGCCAUCUGAUACGAAGAUUUACCAUGAAAACAUCAAAACGAACCAAGUAAUGCGGAAAAAACUGAUCCUUUUUUUCAAGAGGAGAAACCAUGCUCGUAAACAGAGGGAACAGAAGAUCUGCCAGCGUUAUGACCAGCUGAUGGAGGUGUGGGAAAAAAAAGUUGAAAGAAUAGAAAACAACCCCCGGCGUAAGGCCAAGGAGAGCAAGACCAGGGAAUAUUAUGAGAAGCAAUUCCCUGAAAUCCGCAAGCAAAGGGAACAGCAGGAACGAUUUCAAAGAGUGGGACAGAGGGGAGCUGGGCUUCCAGCAACUAUAGCGAGGAGUGAGCAUGAGAUUUCAGAAAUUAUCGAUGGACUUUCUGAACAAGAGAAUAAUGAGAAGCAGAUGAGGCAACUUUCUGUGAUUCCUCCAAUGAUGUAUGACACAGAACAGCGAAGAGUGAAAUUCUUGAACAUGAAUGGAGUAAUGGAUGAUCCCAUGAGAGUAUAUAAGGAACGGCAGUUCAUAAACGUCUGGUCUGAGCAUGAGAAGGAGAUCUUCAAAGAGAAGUUUGUUCAACACCCAAAAAACUUUGGCUUGAUAGCAUCUUACCUGGAAAGAAAGUGUGUAGCAGACUGCGUUUUGUAUUAUUAUUUGACAAAGAAAAAUGAGAACUACAAGAAUCUUGUAAGGAGGAACUACGGCCGCCGCAGAGGAAGGAAUACGCAACAAAUUUCUCGCCCUUCACAAGAAGAAAAAGAAACUGAAAAAGAAGAGGAAAAAGUUGAAAAAGUAGAGAGAGAAGAAAAGGACGAGAAGAAGGAAGAGGAGAAAGAUGAUAAAGAAGAACCUCAAAGGGAAACCAUCAAGGAAAAGGACAAACCAGAUACUGCAGGAGAGGAACCUGAAGAAAAGGAACAGUCUGCUCCACGAGGGCGGAAAACUGCAAACAGUCAGGGGAGGCGGAAAGGCAGGAUCUUGAGAUCCAUGGCAAAAGAAGCCAUCAGCGAAGAGCCACCCAACCCCCCUCCUCCACCUGAACUUGGACUUGUGGAACAUGGGCGGAACUGGGCAGCCAUUGCAAAGAUGGUGGGCACCAAAAGCGAAGCACAGUGCAAGAAUUUCUACUUCAAUUACAAGAGGAGGCACAACCUGGACAUGCUACUUCAACAGCACAAACUUAGAGUGCAACAGAUGUCACGGAGAUCUCGUGAGGACCGGGAAGUGUCUCAAUGCGAAAGCAUUGCUUCAACUGUGUCUGCACAAGAAGAUGAGGACAAUGAAGUGUCCAAUGAGGAGGAGAAUCCAGAGGACAGUGAAGGAGCUGAGAACAGCUCAGAUACUGAAAGUGCACCUUCACCAUCACCUGUGGACACAGGCAAGUCAAGCAAAGAAAGUACAGAGACGAACAAAUUAACUGAAGAAGAGCUCAAUCCCACAAGCAAAAGUUCUCCAAUUAUUCCACCUGUCUCACCAGCUCCAGCUGCUGCUUUGCCUGAACUGCAAGUUAAACAAGAAAUGAACUUAGGCUUUGAGGAGUCAAUGGAGGGGCAGAGGGGGUCUGAUGCUGAAGCAAAGCCUGUGUUUGAGCCUCAGGUGAAGCCCAAAACUGAACCUGUGGAUGUGGAUAUGAAACCAGAAGAAAAUCUGCAGGUUAAAGUGGAGGUUGAUGCCAAAGACAAACAAUUUGAGAAGGCCAGACAGCAGGAAACAGUGGCAUCAGAGCUACUUGAUCUGCCGCAGCCUGGAGCACAGGUGGAAUCUCACUCAGACAAUGAUUCAAGUGCAACUUGCAGUGCUGAUGAGGUGGAAGAUGGGGAACCUGAGAGGCAAAGAAUGUUUUCUCCGGAAUCGAAAUCGUCAUUGCUGAAACCUCUCGGCUCCGUGUUGAUGACUUCAGCCAUGAAACCAGUUCAGAUGGAUAUCCAGCAACUACAGCAGCGAGCAGCCAUGAUUCCCAAUAUGAUGGCUGCACCCUAUGUGCCUACCACUGCCCCUGUAAGUGGCCUGGCCCUAUUUCAGCGGCACAUCAAGGCUAUGCAUGAUUCCGCACUUCAGGAGGAGCAGAUGCGACAAAGGCAAGAACAUAUGGAUGCUGAGCGCAGAACCUCUUCCAGUCCCAACAUCAGCAGCAAGACCUGUCCAGUCUUGGACAGAGAAGGUAAACCAUUUGUUUACAUGCCAUAUCACGAGGCAAGGCGUGUGAUGGAGCAGGAAUCACAGACAGCAGGAGCCAGAUCCGCAUCACCAUACAGGCUGUCCCCAAGGGAAUCCUGUAAACUUUCUCCACAGCCAGAGAUGAACAACUUGCGGUACAGUGUGCCACCAGUUCUUCAGCCUGCUCCACAUCAAAUGAUGCAAACCACGUCGGAGGGAGGGAAGUUAGUGAUUACCAGACCGGCUAGACCAUCCAACAUUCCCUCCCCUCCCCCCCUCAUUCCUUCAACAAAACCACCACUAUCCACCGAGAAGCCAUCAUUCAACAUGGGAGGUUCUAUUUCACAGGUUUCUUCUGGCACAUACCUAGCCCCUCACAACCAAGUAGCUUACAGCCAAGAAGCUGUGAAAAACACAGUGGGUUCCAUCUCCCUCGGGCUGCCACGGCAACAGGAACCUGUGAAACCCGGUCCAUUACAGUUUAUUAAGCAAGAGGAGCUGUCUCCCAGAAGUCAGAAUCCCCAGCCAGAAGGACUACUCUCCAGGGCUACUUAUGAGACAAAUGUGGUCAGAGGUGGUCCAAUGGGAAACAUCCAGGAAGCAAGUCUAACACGAAGCAGCCCAGCAAGCAAGGUUUCUGCGGAACCACCUCCUUAUCGAGGUUCCAUCACUCAGGGCACUCCAGGCCUCUCACAACAGGGUAUUGCUGCAGACACAUUGUUGAAGGGUGCAAUCAGCAAAUUAGCCGCUGAAGAAUCAGGCAGCCCUGAGCAGUCCAGGGAAGAGGCAAUAUCAAAAGGCCAUGUCAUCUACGAAAGUAAUAGUGGCCAUAUCCUCUCAUAUGACAGUAAAUACAACGGGCUGAUAACUGGAAGACGUGCCAGGCUGAUUAUAGGAGUCUUUUGGAUCCUGUCUUUUGUGAUUGGUUUGACUCCAUUUUUUGGCUGGAACCAGAGGAAUGAGGUAGAGUGCAGAAACGGCACAAUGAGGACACCACGGCCAGAGAACAACUCUGUCCUCCAGAACUGCUCGGUGGAAUGCCUCUUUCUAAAUGUAGUCAAUAUGAAAUAUAUGGUUUACUUCAACUUCCUGGGCUGUGUCCUGACACCAUUGCUUAUCAUGCUGGGCAUUUAUCUAAAAAUCUUCACUGUUGCUAGAAAGCAGUUGCAAAAGAUCGAGCUGAAUUCUGUAAAUUCUGAGACUUCCAGAAGGUAUUUACAGAACCAAGUAAGAGUUGCAAAAUCAUUGUCCAUCAUUGUUGGAUUCUUUGCCUUGUGCUGGCUUCCACUUCACAUCCUAAACUGUAUCAAUCAUUUUCACCCAAAGUACUUCCAAACAAUGGAUACGCGUAUCAUGAACGCUGCCAUCGUUCUGUCUCAUGCUAACUCUGUUGGGAAUCCGAUUAUCUAUGCCUACAAGAUUCAAGAAUUUCGCAACACCUUCCAUAAAAUUAUUUUCAAACAGAUUCUGUACAGGACAGACCAUGAAUUUAAGUCUGAAACUAUGCGAGGAACACAUUUGCCUGGGAAAUCCCCAGAACGAAGCCACAUUUCAUCAGAACCAUAUGAGCCCAUCUCACCUCCCCAAGUUCCUGCCAAUCUGGAGAAGCAAGAGAGUGUAGUGCAACCUCCUCAGCGAAGGGAGGCAGAGCCUGCUGAACAGAGGCUGCCCCCAAGUAAUGAAUGGCUCCCGAUGCCUUUGCUUGUCCGAAGAGGUCGUGCCCCAGAUUCUGCUACAAGGAGUGAGGCACGAUCUCCAGGGAAUGUGAGCUAUUUGCCAGCAUUCUUCACUAAGCUGGAGAAUACUUCACCAAUGGUGAAAUCGAAGAAGCAGGAGAUAUUUCGUAAGUUGAACUCCUCUGGUGGCGGGGAUUCUGACAUUGCUAAUGCUCAGCCUGGGACCGAGAUAUUUAACUUGCCUGCUGUCACGUCAUCAGGUUCAGUCAGUUCUCGGAGUCAUUCCUUUGCAGAUCCAGCCAGUAACCUUGGCCUUGAGGACAUUAUCAGAAAAGCCUUAAUGGGAAAAUAUGACGAUAAAGGAGAAGAUCACCAAGUUGUACUGUCUCACCCUGUAAGUGCAUCACAAGGCAACAUGAGCACAUCGAUCCCUGUGUCCAGUGAUGCUCGGAAUGAGGAAGCCAAUCCAUCGCCUCCAUCAGGCUCAACUGCGUUCCCUUAUAACCCGCUGACAAUGCGCAUGAUGAGCGUAGCACCAACUUCAAUCGCCUGUGCACCACCAGCCAUGGGUCAAGCCAGCUCACAUCCUCCAGCCAGGACGUGGGAGCGCGAGCCAGCUCCCUUACUCUCCUCCCAAUAUGAGACAUUAUCAGAUAGUGAUGACUGAAUACACUGCCCUGGCUACGGUUUUAGUAGUUGUUUCAGGCCUGCAGACCACAGACAAGAAACUCUCCUCGAGCCCGGCUCACCGAGUGCUGAAGGAAAGGAGGGUUUGCUCACAUAGGCAAAUGCAAAGCAGUGUUAAGUCCUCAGAUGAGCAGAUGCUGGGUGGAGAAGAAAUCGUGAUCACAGAUGCUCAUGUAGAAUUCACAAGAAAGACACUUCCUGCUCUUCAUUUGUUUGUUUAAAAACUGUCUUUAAAUCAUUCUUGUGUAAUAUAGAGUACUGUACCAUUGUAUCAUGCUACCAAUCUUACAUUUUAAAAGAUCCUGAAAUGGUGAAUUGACUGUUGUAAACACAGGAAUUUCCCACCAGUGAGGUGAGCCCGAGUGACUGGUAUUCCAUAUUCGUUGUAAAUUAAGUUCCAUUUUGUCUUUAAUUAUUUAGCAGCAGUGCUAAGAUAUUAAUGCAUGGAUGUAUUAUGAUUCAUUGUAAAACAAAAGAAUUGAAGGGAGCAUAUAACCUGGUGUAUAUGGGCUCAGGAAGGGGCCUAACCCAGUUACUGUGCACAACAAUCACCCAAAGGGAAUGCCUUUUGCCUCCACCUCAUGCUUUUCCCUUAAUUAUUUCAGUCAUCUCUCCAACAAAACAAAAUACUAUUUUAAAGUUUUGGGAAAUGUAAGCAGGUCUUAAUGUUGCUUCCACAAGUUCUUGUGAGAAAGGAGUGAAGGAAUUUCUAAUUUCUGAGAAUGUUUAGUAGUUACAAUGAAAGUAGAUAUCCAACAUAGAAAAUAACAAAGUUCUCAGUCACUGGUGUUCUGUUGUCAUGCAGUCUUGACACUCGUGACCUGCAGGAGUCUGAGCUUCUGCUGUAUUCACAGAACAUUGUGGGGUUUCAGUGUCAGAUUCCUGCACUAUGGGAAUAUGUUCCACAACUGCAGAACUGCAUGUGAACAUCAAAAUGGAUAGGCAGUAAAAAUCUGAAUGGAGGAAUUGGUAAGAGUUUGCAUUACUAAUUCCAAACAUUACUGAGAUUGCUGCUCUGGUUGGCUACAGAUCAUUGGUCCCAGUGGAAUAAAUGCACUAAAUUCAGCUUUAAAUCCUUUGACUGUAAGGUGUGCAGCUUUUGAAAUGCAUGUUUAUUUUCUUUCCUGAUUCCCAAAAAACCCUGUAAAUUCUUUUGAUGCUGAAUGUUACACAGUAGAAAUUGAGGCAGCUCCACAAAUGAUUCCUUGGAAUGGAAUUAUGUCAUCACAUUAUUUUCCUUUGUCUAGGCCUGCGGACAGCCCUCAAAGCACGACACUUGCCUCCAACAGAAUUCUUAUUUCAUUGUUGCACUUUUGUUGUAACUGCAGUCCCCCUUCCUGCCAAAUAGCCACUCCAGGCUAACCUCUACCUUUUAAAAUAGCUCGCCAUUCCAGAACCACAACACAUUCAUGUAAAUGUUUAUUGAACUAAAAUAAAGAUGGCAUCUGAUUUCAGUCUUUUAAA